AUGCUCCAAUGGACGUCGAGUUCAUCAUACCACUCCUCUAUGCAAUAUCACCCCAACAAGUGCAAUUGUGGCAUUUCACCAAAGCUGGAGACGUCAUGGACUACCAAAAACCCUGGGAGAAGAUUUUUGGCUUGUAAAUUCUAUGAUGCUGCAUCUGGUAGAAGAGGAUGCAAAUUUUUCAAAUGGUUUGAUGAAGAUAUACUUGAGUGGCAGAGGGUUGUUACUAAUCAACUAGUGUUGGACAAAAAGCUGAUGCAAAAUGAGAUAGGUUUGCUGAAACAACAAGUUUGCAUGCUUCAAGAUCAAAAGGCAAGGGUGGAGAGUGAAAAAGAGAGAUUGACCAAGAAAUGCAAGGCACUCUCUGCUGUAGUGAAGAAAGCAAAGGCAGGUGACUGUGGUGGGAUUUCAGCACUAAUGCAGCUAGUUAUAGUUGUUGCAAUUGGAAUAAUGUUAGCUUAUUUAGGGAAGGCAAUGAUGUAUUAG